AUCAUCAUCGCAUUUGAAACGGCUAAAUCAAUCAGUAACAAAAUGGCAAAGGUCAUUUUCACACCAUGGAAGGAGCACUCGCAAUUACUCACGGUGCGGAGUCAAUUCUACCCUGCACCCUUCUAUGAUGGGCCCGACAUGCGCUCCAAGGCCUGCGCCACUGUUGCAGCUUGGAAGCUACGGGGAAAUCUGCCACAUCCUGUUGAAGCCACGGCCUUGCUAACGGACGCCAUUCUCCAUGAUGAUGCCUUGAAAAAUUCCAUCUUCUCUAUUCGGGCUACGUACUCGGCUGCGUUUUGUCGAUUCGUGACGGGGCUCGUCGACUCCAAGCUGAACGGUCAGCGUAAGACCAUGUUCCAACGAGCCAUUGAUCUGGGCCUACCGGCCUCAUUUGUGGAACUGCGUCACGAGGCGACGCAUCGUGAACUGCCUUCCCUCACAGUCCUGCGCAAUGCCACGCAGCGGUCCCUUGAGUGGUUGUGGGACUACUACUGGGCCAAGACUGACCUGAGUGCUGAUACGGUGCCUGCGUCGGAACCUGAGGCGUUUGACGGCGCUGAAGAUGACGUCGAGCCCAUCAAGGCGGCUUUGAGAACUGAAUUCGAGCACUUACUGGCUGAAGAGGAGUCUUCAGAACCGCCGCGCAAGAAGAGGCGGUUCCAGCAGAAUGUCUCGUUUACUUCCACGCAUUUGAUCUCGAUUUGCAAGUCUUCCAGUCGUGGGGCGUCUGCGCUAGCAGGCGUGAUCGUGGAGGACUCAUUGUUGGUUCCUGCUGGUCGGAAGAUGGGUGACUCCAUGACGGGAAUGUUCGCUAAGUGGGAUUCGUUAUUACAGAUGCUCGCCGAGGGCCAUUCCCCGGCCCUGGCAUCCCUGACGGAGGAGAUGGUGAAUGUACUGGCCUUUUCAGGCUCAAAGAAUUUGAAAAGUGACCCUCAGCUCGAAGGAUUGUACAUGUGGCUGGACCAUAUACUUCAAUCGCCGGAAUGGGGUUCUCGGAGACGACUACUGUCCCACGCUUACCUUCUUGCCGUUUGCGAGCAGAGUUCCAAUCACUGGACGGCGCUUCUUAAGGAGAGCCUACAGCAGAGGACGGAUGAUCUGGCACCUAAGAAGCCGGCGUCCACAUCAAAGAAACAGUCAAAGAAGGACGGGUCUGGCCUCAAGCGGACUGCAGAUGCCGACGAUCUGAAAGAGUUGAAGAAAUUCGGAUGGGAGACAGUAGAUACGUGGGAUACGCGACCCGAAAACCAACUCAAUUUCACACCCAACAAAACCCCAAGUAGCAUCCACGUAGCAUCUACAGUAAUCGCCAAAAGACCUGCUUACACAGUUAGGACCGGGAAGGGCAAUAACUAUGCCUACCUGGUCACAGAUGAACCUACUAAGGAGUCUGUUAUUAUUGACCCGGCUAAUCCGCCUGAGGUGACUCCGGCGCUGCAAUCUCAGAUCGAUGCAGGGAAGAUUAAGCUUACGUCUAUUGUGAAUACUCAUCAUCACUGGGACCACGCCGGUGGUAACAAUGAAAUUCUGAAAACCUUCGGUCAACUCUCCGUCAUUGGCGGCAAGAACUGCCAGUCUGUCACCAAGACCCCGGCACACGGCGAAGUCUUCAAGAUCGGAGAGCGCAUAUCCGUCAAGGCGCUGCACACGCCCUGCCACACGCAGGACAGUAUAUGCUACUUCAUGCAGGAUGGAGACGACAAGGUUGUCUUCACCGGUGAUACUUUGUUUAUCGGAGGAUGUGGCCGGUUUUUCGAGGGUACGGCCCCAGAAAUGCACAAGGCUUUGAACGAGACUCUGGCUGCACUGCCGGAUGAUACUAAGGUUUACCCCGGACACGAAUACACCAAGGGCAACGUCAAGUUCUGCCUUGCUGUUUCGCAGUCUGAGCCCAUUAAGAAGUUGGAGGCGUUUGCCAAUGCCAACCAAGAAACUCAGGGCAAGUUCACGAUUGGUGAUGAGAAGCUCCAUAAUGUUUUCAUGCGCGUCAACGACCCCGAGAUCCAGAAGAAGACCGGCAAGACAGACCCAGUGGAGGUUAUGGCGGCGCUGAGAGAGAUGAAGAACAAUAUGUAACUUAGCCAAAUAUGGACCAUAGUCAAGUACACUAGCAGUAUCACAAG